UUCAAGGUUUGGUUUGUUUACAGCAGGUAUAAUUAUUACUGUAUUCUUAACUUUUAGAUUUCAUAGAACUUUAGGAAUUAUUAAUAAAGGACAGGUAGCAGAAUAAUUUAGUAUUUAUAAAUAAUAUAAUGGAUAUUGAUGAACUGUGCUACGAUGGAUGAUGCCAGUGCCAGCUUGUGUUGCUGUGAAUAUUAUGAUAUAAACUAUGAAAGGAACCAUAUUUUGGCAUGUUGUUGCAAUUGUGAAGAUUUAGAUGAAGCUUUUGAAAGUCUAAUAACAAGGCAAGCAGUAACUGAAAAGAACAAACAAGGACUGAUGAUGACUGUGAAGGAUAGGUUUCGCAUUCCAUGGAAAGGUGGAGCAAAGCAGGUGGCUUUUGAUGCCAUUUUGCCAGUUUUUAUCCUACCAACUACUCUAAUACUAGCUAGUAUAAGCCUUUGGUGGACAAUAUUUGCAUUUACAUCAGUUAUAAUUUUUCUGAUACUGAUAUCGAGUUUCCUUAUUAGGACCUUACCACAUACCAAGUUCUUUUUUAUCUGGACUUUAACAUCAUUGGUAAUUUUAUAUGUGAUAUUUGAGUUUAUUGUUAUACCAUUUUUGGAGAUCCUUUUGGAGGAAAAUAUAGCCUUAAGCAUACUAAUAUUUGGAUUUCUGAUAUGUGUGUUUAUCAUGAAGAAAAGAACCAAACAGCUGCCUCGCUUGGGUGAUAAUGAACUAGAGAAAGGUUUAAUUGGUAAAAGCUACUACAGGUUAGUCAAUUGCUCAAUUUGUCAAGUUAGAGUUCCUGAUAAAGAUCACCAUUGUGUUUGGUUUGACUGUUGUAUUGGAAAACAUAACCAGUGUGCAUUUAUUCUGUCUCUGUUUUUCGCAAUUGGUGCACUACUGUACAGUUCAAAUUUGACACUUACUUCAGUGUGCCAUCCAUUUAUACUGUACAAAACAAUUCUAUUACCAGACGACUGUUCCGAAGUAUACAAACUAUUUGAGUUGGGACUGUCUUUUGUGUCAGCCAUUUACAGCCUUGUUGUAGCAUGUCUUUUACUCACACUUUUUCUUCAACAACUGUUGUUAGUGUCAUUGGGAAUUACCCUGAAAGAUUGGGUGCGGUUGCCACUCAGGGUGAAGUUGUGUCUAGGCCUAACAGCCAACAGGUCUAACAGUAAAGGUUUUAUCAAAAAUUGGAAAGCUGUCUUAUGUUGGAAUCGAUAUUUUUCUAGUUCUUUUAGUCAAAUGUAAACUAGAAUUACUUAUUUAUAGUAAUUUUAGUUCUGAAAAAGAAAUGUACAAUGUCUGCUCAAGGAUUACAGAUUGAUGGAGAAUCACUUCUGGUAUAUUACAAUCAAGAAGCAAAGUACAAAAACGAAGUCUCUAGCACAUCAGGAAAUCAGAAAGCUAAUAAAAAUGUGUUUAAAAUGAUGUCAACACUCUUAAAAUUACAUUAUUUUAUUCCAGGACUAUUUAUAUCAGUAUUAUAUAAUGUAGAUGAUUAUAAGCAUGAUAUUUUAAGUAUUACAUAUUCAUCCUUUUAUACAUAUUUUUUCUUCUUAAAUUUUGUGCACAUAUCUAUUAAAUAUUUAUAUUUCUUAA